AUGCAACCAGCAAAAGACAAUUCAAUGGUUGAAGGAGCCACUUCUUCUCAACUCGAUAUCAUCCGUCUCUCACUAUUGAACAACGUACAAGGUGUGCAACUGAGUGGUGUACCAGGUACCAUCCUUUCACACGUGGGAACGAAAGGAACAGAUUUGGGUAAUUUAUUGUUGAACUGUGCUCAAUGGGUGACUCAUUAUAAGAGUAGUAAUGUCUUGUUUAUGGUUCAUGGUGUCAACUCAAAUGAUGCAUCAAAUUUGUACGGAACACUCCCUGGAUUUUCCUUGUUCAAGAAUACUACCAAUGCAUUCGACAGUAAUAUUCGUCCAUUGGAGGUAGUUGAUUUGUUAAUUCUCAAUUUGAAUAAUGUUGGACAAGUCUCAAGUGAAAUGUUUCAAAUGAUGGACAAUUAUCUCAAAAGAGGUGGAGGCAUCAUUGUGGGUGUUACUUCAUGGGCUCAUUUCUUCUCUUUCUCCCUCUAUAUAACUUUCCAGGAAAUGUCUUUCUUUACCAAAACAGGAAUUUCGUUUAGCAAUAAUUAUGCAUCUUCACCAUAUGUGAAUGCUAACUCUGUGGUUCAAUACAAUCCGUAUUUCAAAUUGGAUGCAAUUUUGCAAUCAAACACAAUUCCAUCCUCUUUCAGUGAAGUGAAACAAAUAGCGACAACUUUAGACAGAAUUAGAUUUACAUUGAUACCACCGGUUGUAAUGGCCGAGCAGAAUGUUGAAACGUUUUCGAAAACUUUGGCUACAAAAAGUUUUGUGUCUUUUCUUGCCAAAGUUUUGAACUCUAUCAAUACUUUACCACUCUCAAACAAUCCUGAAAUACAAGCUGGAGAGAUCUUUCCUGGUCUUCCUCAAGGCAAUGUGAAUUCUCGAAACACAAAAUCCACAACUGUCACCAUUCAAAUUUCAUCCACACGAAGACGUUGGCAAUGUACAGGUUAUUAUGCUCUUCCAGGAGCCAAUAUAACAAUCACUGUGAGUUCACCAAACUCUGUCGAAUAUAUUCUCAUUGGAUCACAUACAGACAAUUUGGAAAAUUUAGAUGAAUGGAAUAGAUGGCCUUCAAUCUCCUCACAAUACUACAUCUCUUCAGGAAAUUCCACAUCAUGGUUUAUUGCAUUUAAUGGAGGUACUAUAUUCGUUUCUUUGAAAACAAUUCCAGUAACCGAUUUGAGUGUGACCAUUAGUGGACAAAUUGUGAAAACUCCGUUCUGGCGUUUUGACAAACAUACUAAUGCAGAUUGGAUUAAUACCAUUCGAAAUGAACCAGGACCAUGGAUUGAGGUUGAAACUGAACAUAUCAAAAAUGAAGCUUUGGUGACACCAAGCAAUACAGCAGAGCAAGGAUUACGACCAAAUGCAGUCUCUCGUUGGGGACAUUACCAUGAAUUAGGUCACAACUUCCAACGAGGAGAAUGGACCUAUGAUCAAUCCGGUGAGCUCACCAACAACAUUUACUCUCUCUAUUUGGAAGAAAAUUUUCCAGAAAAUUCCUUCACCUAUGCACGUGCUUAUAAUCCUCCUCGUGGUUUAGAAAAAGAAUACAAAAACAAUAAUCAGACAUUUAAAGGAGAUUGGACCUCGGCAGGUGUUCUGUUCUAUCUCGAUCAAAUUCAAGCAUUUGGAUGGGUUGCCAUUAGAAAACAUUUGCAAGUUAUUACAAUUCAGAACAGAAAGGUUUUGGAGCAUUACCUCCGUUGCGAGAUUUCCGGAUUCUCCAUGUGCCUUCUCUCAAUUAUUGAAAAUAACAAAUUCUCAACAAUCUCGAAUUAUGUUGUGAAAAUUGUGACAUGGGCUCCAGUAAGACAUUUCUAUGGAGAGAGAUUUGUUUUUAGAUUUAGUGGAUUGAGUGUGCCACAAUCUUUUGUGAAUAAUACGAUGAUUCCUAUAACUUUGCUGGAUGGAACGACAGCUUUGGAUACCACCGCUAGUAUUGUAACUGUCUCAAAUCAAGAGUUCACAAUGACGAUUCUGGCAAAGGAAUAUAUCAAAUCAGGACAGGUUUUGAGAUUUUCAUUCCAGGCAAAGAACAGUGCGCAAAUUGGUGAAUUUCAAACAUUUAUUAAGGUUGUAGAUUCAAAGAAAGCUCUGGUCAAUGCUUAUGAAAGGCCUAUUGAAUUCUCAAAUAAGAUUACCAGAGAUGGAAGUUCAUAUGGUUCACCAAAGCUAUCGAGAAGUACAGCAGCAAGUUACGGAUCGUUACAAUUUGGUAGUAUCUAUUCUGUUGCAACAACUUUAGCAUUAAUCAUGAUGGCUCUAGUAAUGGUUCUUGUAAACGAAUAA